UUUUUUUGAGUCAAUCAGGUCUAUGUACUGUCAAAAAAUGACCAAAUCAGUAAUUCAAUAGGUUGUCAACCGGUUGUCCGGUUGACCGCCUACGUGUACAUCCAUCUGGCAUUUUUUACUAUUUUCUUUUUUUUCUCUCUUCCUUUUUUUUCUCUUUUUUCUCUUUCUUCUUUCUCUUUCUCUUUUCUUCUUGGUCCGCUCAUCCUCUGGUCUGCACUCAUCUCUUCCCUCCUUGCAACUACAGAUCUGGUCCGGUAGAGAAGGCCUGGUCGUUGGAGAUUGACAGAUCGUUCUAUGGAAUAGGCGGAGGUAGAGACCGUGGAGGUGGAAGCCGGGGGCCGUGGGUCCGGUGGUAAUGGUGACGGCUAUGCAAGCCGACGCGGCUGGAGGUCGAUUCAAGGGGAAGGACGGAGGAGGGGAAGGCGGAUGGUGGUGGCUAGAGAGGCCGGGGCGGCGGAGUUUUUCCGGUGGGAGUAUUGGAGGAGUGGUUCCGGUGGUAUUUUUUCCGGUGGGAGUUUUUCCCGUGGGAGUAUUGGAGGAGUGGUUCCGGUGGGAUUUUUUCCGGUGGGAGUUUUUCCCGUGGGAGUAUUGGAGGAGUUUUUCCGGUGGGAGGAUUGGAGGGUUAUUGGUGCGACUAGACAGAAAGAAAAUGAAGAAGGAAGAUCGAGCAGGAGAAGAAGGAAGAGAAGAGUUGGAGCUGCGAAGGAGAAGAGGUGCGACUGAGAAGAGGUGGGGAGUUGCCGACCAAGAAGAAAGAAGAGAGGAAAAAAAGAGAAAGAGGGAAGAGAAAAGGGGAAAAAGAAACAAAACUAAAAAAAACAGUAACAAAAUGCCACGUGGGACAUCCACGUCGGUGGUUAACCGGUUGACUACCGACUAAAAAUCUUAUUUGGUCGUUUUUUGAUAGUUUGUGGACUUGAUUGACUCAAUAAAAAAGUAGAUGGACUUAUUUGACACUUUCCCCCUUUUUAUUAUCAACUAUUCACGUA